UUAACCUCGGGGUUAAACCGCGGAUUGCAAAAUGAUGGAGCAGAGCUAAGCUAUCUGAGAUACUGUAUAUCAAGCCUCCUGUGUGUGUUAUGGGCCGUACAUCCAAGGACAAGCGAGACAUAUAUUACCGCCUUGCUAAAGAGGAGGGCUGGAGAGCAAGGAGUGCUUACAAGCUGCUACAGAUCAACGAGGAGCAUGAUAUUCUAUCAGGAGUGAGGCGGGUGGUGGACUUGUGUGCUGCUCCUGGUAGCUGGAGCCAAGUGCUCAGCAGGCAACUCAAACCAACAGAAGAUGAAGGUAAAGAUGUCAAGAUAGUAGCCGUUGACCUACAACUGAUGGCUCCUAUACCAGGUGUCGUGCAGAUCCAUGGAGACAUUACCAAGGAGGCAACAGCUCUUGAGAUAGUCGGCCAUUUUGAGGGUGGCAAGGCUGACCUUGUGGUGUGUGACGGUGCCCCGGAUGUGACUGGUCUCCAUGACAUGGACGAAUAUGUGCAAGCUCAGCUAUUAUUAGCAGCUCUCAACAUCACCACACACGUGCUGAAGGAUGGAGGUAACUUUGUAGCCAAAAUCUUCCGUGGGAAAGACGUGCAACUACUCUACUCUCAGCUACAGCUGUUCUUUGAAACCGUCACCUGCUGCAAACCACGGAGCAGCAGAAAUUCAAGCAUUGAAGCGUUUGUGGUAUGCCAGAACUACCGACCUCCUCCUGGUUAUGUCCCCAACAUGGCCAAUCCUCUCUUAGACCACAGCUAUGGGGAUCUGACUCCAUUGGUAGGGGUCAACAAGGUCAUAGUGCCCUUCCUCGCCUGUGGGGACCUCAGUGGCUUUGACUCGGACAAGAGCUACCCUACACAAAGUGCAGAGGAUGGUUGCUAUGAGCCCCUGGCUCCUAAUCAGUCCCCAAUCAACCCUCCCUACAAGACUGCCUGUGAGCUCAAGAAAGGAAGCCAUGUCUCUCAGCCAGGGACUACCGCCAUUAUGAACUCUGAUCCUAAGCUACUGGAACUAUAGUACCUAAGUAUGCGUGGACACUCAAACUGAUUGUAGUUGAAUUGUUUGUUUUUUGGACAUUUGUAAAGAAGGAUCGUCUAUGCUUGUGAUUGCUCCUACAACUUUUGAUUUGUCUCAAUAUAAUAUUAGUGUGUACACAGACGAUUUUAUGAGUUGUUGGAUGCACA